AUGCCAAUGAGUAUACCAUUUGAUCAUACUCUUCGAUUAUACGAUUCAUUUGCAGAAAUUCAUCAAGAAUACAAUGGACCACUUCGUUUUCAACAAAUUGAUUGGAAUAAUAUCAAACAUGAAAGUAUUAUAUUGCGAUCCUCAUCAUCAGAUGAUCAUAUCAAUGAUACAACUACUAUGUUCGAACGAAAAAUUAUUCGACUUCAUAUAAAUAUGACAGGUAAAAAAGUCUUUGUUCGUAGAUAUCCUGAACAUAAAUUUCCUAUUAUUUGUGAAAUAAUUAAUGAAGAUAAUAGUUAUUCACUUGUACGUGAAAUUGAAACAGGACAUUAUUUUCGUGUUCAAUCUAAUCUUAUUGAAUAUGUUGAUGAACCACAAUUAAAUUCAAUCUAUGAAGUUUCUUUUCAUCCUAUACCAUCAAAUCAGUCUUUUAUUGUUAGUUAUAUUAUCCAAAAUCUUCGAUGGCAACCACGUUAUAUACUUCAAACAUAUUCUGAUCGUUCAACAAAAUUUCAAAUAUUAGUUGAUAUUAUUAAUACAAGUCCAUUUACAUAUCAAUUUAAUGAAACACAUUUAAUGUCAGGUGAUAUAGAUCUUACAUUUGGUACAAAUAAAAUUUCAUCAUUAAUUGAUGCAAAAACUUCAACUAAAACUAAUAUUGAUUAUAGUGGUAUUCAUUUAUUUUCAUCUAUGAAUAGUUCAUUAAAAAUUGAUCCUUAUUCAAUACUUACAUUACCAAUUCAAUCACUUAAUAUUCAUAUUAAAACAGUUUUUAUUUAUACACUUGUUUUAACUAUGCCAUCAAUAUCUACAAAUAAUAUUGUAUCAAUUAUUUCAAAUAAACAUAAAUUUCAACGUCUAUAUCAAUUAUCAAAUAGUUCAUCAUUUUUACCAACUGGUCAUUUAUUAAUUUAUGAUUCAUCAUCUAAUGUACUUACUGGUGAAUGGCAUUUACCAACAUUAACUGAAUUUGAAAAAUAUGAAUUUAAAUUAGGUGAAGAUCCUGAUAUUAUAUUAGAAUAUAAUCGUACAACAACAAAUAAUCAAAAAACAAAUUCAUCAUUAAUAACAACAAAUAUAUUAAUUCAAAAUUAUAAACAACAAAAAAUAAAUAUUCGAUUUAAAUCUAUAUGUGAAUUAUCAAUUGUUUGUUUAUUUUAUGAUGAAAAAGCACGUUCACUUGGAGCUCGUCUAGAUUAUGAACUUAAUCUUAAAGCUAAAGCUGAAGUAGUAUUUUCAUUUACAACUAUAAGACUUUAUUAA